AUGUGGGAAGAGGAGUGGGCUGCGGCCCCAGAGGGGACCUGGGCCCCUGAUGAGAUCUUCUUGCCUCGUGAUGAGGCGUUUUGGCGGGCUCCCGAGAAACGCGAGAGAGAGGAGGACGACGACGAGAAGCCCAAGAAGAAGAAGAAGAAGACAAUCCGGGGCUUCUUUGGCGUCCCGGCGGCCGUCGACACCGCCGCAACUUCGGAGGAGCGGGUUGCGGCGGUUGUCGCGGCUUGUACGAGCCGAUUUGCGGCCCUGACGCCGGAGUAUCGGGCCAGAAUCGUGGCCCAGGACAAGAAGUUGGGUCUUUGA